AUGUUCCUUGCGUCCAUUCUUUCAUCCUCUAGGCGCGAAGGAGUGGAUGCACCGAAGCCGCGUCGACAGGAUCCAUCCAGAGAUUUUGUGAAUGUUUGGCAGGAAAUUGGACAAAGUCGCAUUUAUGUUCCACAAAAACAAGAUGUGGGGCGAAUCCUCAAGCUAGAAUGUAUUCCCAUCAGUCAAAAUGGCUUGUACACAGGAAAGUCGGUCAGUGUGGAGUCUGCAGAAGUGAUGCAAGCAACCCCUGUAGCGCCCUCGAGGAGCAUGAUUGAGAUCCCCCAGCCCCCCAACAGCUUUGAUCCUCGCUCACCGAAAGCCACUUUCAAAGUUCUCACGUACAACUGUUUAGCGGACAUCUACGCGUCUCCUCAGGUCUAUCCUUACACGCCUUCCUGGGCUCUCGCUUGGAACUACAGGAAGCGAAAUUUGCUUCGAGAGAUUCUGAGCUACAAGGCAGACAUCUUAGCCCUUCAAGAAGUGCAAGCGGAUCAUUGGAAAGAGUUCUUGGAACCAGAGUUUGACAAUGCGGGGUAUCAGGGAGUGUACAAACAGAAGACGAGAGAAAGCAUGGGUCAGGAUGGCAAGAUGGACGGCUGUGCCAUCUUGUUCCGCAAGUCUCGGUUCGCACUGAUCGAGAAGCAUGCGCUUGAGUUCAACCACGUCGCCAUUUCCAGAGCCAGGGGAGUCGGAGGACAGAAGAGUGGGCUCAGCGAGAAAGCGCUGCAGUGCUUGCUGAAGGGAAAUGUUGCGCUCGUGCUCGUGCUAGAGAUUCUCGUUAACGGACAACCGGCAGGGCACAUGGGACGAAUCUGUGUCGCAACGACGCACAUCUUUCAGAACCAAGGCUUUCCCAACGUGAAGAUGUGGCAGGUCAUGACGCUCGUGCAGGAGCUGCAGAAAUUUACAGUACCUCGGCAACUUCCUCUAGUCCUCACCGGAGACCUCAACUCCCAGCAGGAUAGUGCAGUGUACGAGUUCCUUCAACGAGGGAUCAUCUCCGGCAACAACGCGGAGCUCAAAGAGGAUCCGCAGGGGAUCCUUGAGAACGCAGACUUGCGUCACAACCUGCAGCUGCGGGACAGCUACGUUGUGUUCGGGAAAGACUUCUACUCAAACUUCACUGCUGCUUUUGUCGGGAUCCUCGACUACAUCUGGCACACGGCUGACCGGCUGCGUGUCACGCGGGUGCUAGAGCAGAUCGAUCAUGAGACGCUGACGGCAUACACUGCGCUUCCGAGCCCUCAGUACUCGUCUGACCACAUCGCGCUGAUGUCUGAGUUCGAACUUUCUCUGGCUCGAUGA